AUGUCGUGGCCGAUCUUUUCAACUCGGCAAUUAGAGGAAACGCUCUAUCCACUAGCAAGGGCUUUGGCUUGGUCCUACUGUAUCGACGGUAACGAAGAGGCUGCCGUCGAAUUCCUGAGGGCAAUAUGGAAUGAGUCGCAGCCGUUCACUGGAAGGUCGUUUAAGAUAACGAAUGCGUCACCUCGACCACCACUCCGAUCACCCAGCUAUGCCUUUGUAGGGUCAUUACUUCAAGGCCUGAUGGAUAAGGCCGAGAAAACAUCAAUACAAGAACAACUGGAGGAAAUGAAGUCUCGACAGGAGCUCCAGUUCUGGGUCGGAGUUCAAUUUAACAAGGAAGGCGCCCUAGUUGUGCGAAAGACAGUCGGUUCUAUACGUGUCUACUAUCCACCACGUAUUCUCCUCAGCCAAUCUGGUGUUAAACUACUAAGAGCUAUGCCCGGGGGGAAAGCGCGGGCGAAGGAACCACGCAGGAGGCACAAGCAGCGGGGCGGAACCCGAGCGACGUUUGUAUACCGCUUACGCUCUCUGCAACCCUGA